GACACCAGAGCUCAGCUACUUCGAUUGGAAUAAACAAUGAGCGUGUUAUCAUUUUCCUCCUUGUUAACCGCUUAACCCGCAGUCCACCACGUUUUAUUGAACGUAAUAUUAUGGGCAUGACUUUGUGUUUAGCUGAUAUCCAAGCCCGGCACGCUCUGUUCAAAUAUAUUUCAUUAUUUUUAUUCGCCUUUAACGUAUUUCUUCUGGCACUGUUUAUUGGUUUACAUUAUUUUUACAUUAAAAAUCGAUCACGGAUCAGUCGAAAUUAGAUAGCUACAACAUUAGUCAGGUACGGAAAAAACGUGCUCAUAUCAAGCUACAUUUUUGUAAACCGAUAUUUCAGAAGUCGCAGUCACCUUUCGUUCGGCGCCCCUAAUACUCGUGCUUGUUUUCAUCACUAUUUUAUUUGUCCGUCAACGACAUAUUUUGUGAAUCCAAACACAAACCCGCUAGCACCGAAUACAGGAUGGAUAUUGAUAUGGAUUUUGAAAGUCGUUUGAGAACCUUUAAUGAAAAUUGGAGUUUAACUUUUAUAACACCUUUUGAAAUGGCCCAAGCUGGUUUUUUUUAUUUAGGCGUUAGAGAUCUAGUGAAAUGUAAUGAUUGCCAAUUAAGACUUUCUACAUGGCAAAGUGGUGAUAAACCAUUAUGUAAACAUUUUAGUCUCGCUACUAAAAAAUGUAGAUUUGUUCGACAGUCUAUGAAGACAAUUAAAGGUCGUAUGCAUACAUUUCAAGACUGGCCUGUUAGCUUUUUGAAACCUCGUGAUAUGGCCAAAGCUGGUUUUUUUUACACAGGUGUUGGAGAUAAUGUAGUGUGUUUUAAGUGCUUGAAAGACUUUGAUAGAUGGGACAAAAAAGAUACUCCAAUGGGUGAACAUAUGUUUCAUAUGCCAACAUGUCCAUUUGUUCUUUCAUACAAAAGACAUUUUAACAAUCCUUCUGGUCCCUAUGGCUUAACCAGUUUAGAAGUAAAAACAAUUGAAGAUAAGUUACAUGAUGAGGGUAUUGUGUUAUUCAUAAAUCCUUUAUUUUAUGAAACAAUGGUUGCUUUUCAAGCCCGCCUUAAUUCAUUUAAUAGAUGUGUGAUAUCAUUGCAAUUAGACAUUAAUGCUGUAUGCAAAGCUGGAUUUUUUUAUUCAGGCAAUGGUUAUACUGAUAGUUUGACUUGUUUCUAUUGUGGUGUUACUACCAUUCAAUGUAAUGAAGACUUUGAACCAUGGGAAGUACAUGCCGAAAAGUCAAAAACAUGUAAUUAUUUGAUUUUAAAGAAAGGCAAAAGCUUUUGCGACUGGGUGAAUGCCGUGGAAAUAGAUGAAAUAAAAUCCGAUCAACUGAAAUUAUUCAAGUUGAUUGCUGCAACGAAAAAUACACUCACUCUCAAAUCAAAAAUGAGUAUACAAUCAACAAAAAAGCAUUUUAUGGGGAUAAACAUUACCAAAUUAUUAUUUGAAAAAAUUGAUGAGCAUCAUUUUCAAAAGCUAGCACCUAAUUUAUUGCCAGAUGAUAUGUUAUGUAAAAUUUGCUAUAGGGAAGAAGUCGAAAUAGCUAUUGUCCCUUGUGGUCAUGCCAUUACCUGCAUUGAAUGUGCUUUAACGUGUAAUUAUUGCUCUAUGUGUAGAAUGGCAUGCACAAGAUUAAUGAGAAUACAUUUAUGUAUGAACAAUGAAAAUAAUGAAAAUCUCAAACUAGAACCGUGCAGUUCAAAAAUUUCUUCAGACAAUGAACUGAACCCAAAGCUUUGCAAAGUUUGUCGUAAAGAAGAAAUGUCAACAGUAUUAUUACCUUGUAGGCAUGUCUAUACCUGUAUCAAAUGUGCAGAAGAAACGAGUGAGUGCCUUUUUUGUAGAGAAGAUGUCUAUUCUUUUAUUAAAAUAUACUUAUAAGCUUUUUUUUUUGUAACUUAUGUCUUCCAAUAAAAUGACACAUUUUUAAUUAUAAACAAUGCAUAAAAUAAUAACAAUAACUCUUAAAGAGAUUCAUAAUGUAAAAUAAAUAUUUAUUUUUACUUAUUUUUUUUUUCUUUAUUUUUUUUACUUUUGUCUUCAUUAUUGUAUGUCUGACUAGAACUACCUUAUUGUUUUUAGGUAAAUGUUAUUAUUAAUGCAUUAAUGAAUCAUUUUAUAUAACUAUUUAUUUUUAAUUUCUUUAGUUUUGGUUUAACUUGUGUAUUAUUAGUUUUUUUUUUAUUAUAAAAAAAUAAAAACCAAAGGCUUUUUAAGGUGGUUGAAGUCAAUUAGAUGAAUGGUCCAAGUAUAUUUUCUAAAAUAUACCUAAUAAAAACAUUUUUGAAGUAUAAAUUUAUUACUUUUGUGUGAUAGAACACUAUUUUCUAAUUUUAAACAUUUUUACUAUGACUUAAUACUUAACCUAACCUAACUUGAACCACUUUAAUUAUUUGUAGAUAUGUGUUUAUGUUUUUUACAUUUAUUUGAAUUCAAU